AGCAUCUCAAUCUGCACCACCGCGCAGUCUAAUUCAGCAUCUUCGUGAGUUCAUAACGCACGCGUUUCCCGAUUUACCGUGAAAAUCUCUUUCCUCUUCUCAUCUGUUGCUCAUAUCUUCACAAUUCCUCCCCAAGCGGAAGUACUCAAUGGGCGGUUUUUUCUUCCACCCAAAUUCCAUGUUUUUUUAAAAGAAAAAAUCCCUCAAAGUGCCUUUUUUGUUAAAGAAAAUUUGUGAAAUUCUGAAUUAGUUUUCUUGGUGCGAAAUAAAAGUGAUUCACAAAUUCUUUGUGUGGUGGCAGGAAAGCGCAAAGCAAACAGGAUGGUACAUGAGGUGGAGCAGCGCGUCGUUCCGGAUGAACUCUACAAUCUCACCCAAUUGGCGGAAGUAACAUUGGCUGCGGGGAAGCUAAGUACGACAAAUCUUCAGGAAAACUUCUACUUGGAGAGCAAUAUAAAGGAGAAGGUGGCCUACAGAGCAUCGCCAUUUUCAAUUUAUCGCCACAAUUCGACCGAGUCAUUCUCCCAAACUGACUCCGAUGACUCAUUUGAGAACAAUCAGUGGGGUCGCCGAUCAGCAAAUCCGAAUACAAUUCCCUUUGUGCAACAUUCCACUGAAGCAGAUGCAGAACAGCCAAAUCCAAGCACAAGCUAUGACACAAACUACAAGUAUUCACAUAAAAUUUUCGACAAGAGGAAAUCACGAAAGCUCCCUGAGCGCAUUGUGGUAGACAGUGAGGCAAAUUCACAGAGCUCAGAUGCAAGUGUCGAUGGGAAUCUUCUCAAUCUCGUCAAGACGGAGACUACGGAGGGAUCAUCCGAUGAUAUUCACGUAUGCCCGGAAUGCGGGAAGAAAUAUUCCACAUCUUCGAAUUUGGCACGGCAUCGUCAGACUCACAGAUCCCUGGAAGACAAGAAGGCAAGACGUUGUCCACACUGCGAUAAAGUUUACGUCUCUAUGCCAGCUUUUUCCAUGCACGUCCGUACGCACAAUCAGGGCUGUGAAUGCCCUCACUGUGGAAAAUGUUUCUCACGCCCUUGGCUUCUUCAGGGUCACAUUCGCACCCACACAGGAGAAAAGCCCUUCCAGUGCACCGUGUGCGCCAAAGCUUUUGCAGAUAAAUCCAACCUUCGUGCCCACAUACAGACACACUCCAAUACAAAGCCCCACGCGUGUGGGCGGUGUGGUAAGUCUUUUGCACUUAAAUCAUACCUGUACAAGCAUGAGGAAUCAUCCUGUAUGCGGAAUCAUCAAAAAAUGGACCGUAGUAAAGCAAUUCAGGAUGCACCACGCAGUACAUCGGAUGUUGUUGUAUUCAAAUUGGAUAGGAAGCGUCGGGAGAAGAGGGAUGGGAAGAAGAAGGAAAAUGGUGGAAAAAGUUCAAAAAUUUUUUACGAGGAACAAAAGGAUGAACAUUGCUCACGAAUAAGUGUAAUCCAAUCGGCAGUUAGUAUCUUCGAUGGUGGACAAUACUGUCAGGAAGAACCUGUUGAUUUUUCAGCAAAUAAAAAUUGAUAUAUGUGGUUCUCCGAAUCAGGUGGCAUUUUCACAAUAUUUUACUUAAAAAGAAAAUAAUUUUUCGAUUCAAAUUUUCAUUCUAAAAUGUCUUUCACAUUCAGAAUUCCAAAAUAAAUAAUCUUCUUUUAUGCAUAACUUCCGUAAUCUGUUCCCUUUUCCCAUCUCUUCAGUCGUGAUUGAGAAUUUUUUUUAUCUGAUUUUCUACAUCUUGAAAGAGGACCAAUUUGUAGGUGUGUCGAAAAGCACCCCCUCAAAGAAAAAAAUUGAAUGAUAAUUUUUUGACAUUUUUGUAAUUAAUUUUAGAUUCGCGAUUUUUUUUUGUAAUUCAUGAAAUAAUAAGCAAAUUUGCUGUAUUAAAUAUUAUUUUGUGAUAUUAUUUCCUUGAAAUAAUUUGUACAGUAAAAAACUAUAAAUUUUCAUGCUGAAUUUGUAAACAUUUAGUAUUUCUUUUGUAGACAAUAGAGCCUGAAAAAAAUCAGUUAGGAGGAAGUUUUGCUAAUUUAGAUGCAUUCCUCAUUUCAUUUGCAAUUAAAUUCAUUAUUAAGAUUUUAGUUUAUUUGAUUAGUUUAAUAUCAUGCAAGAUGAGGAGUUAUUGUAUUAUCACAAAAUGCCGUAUAAUUGGCCUUAAUGCAUUAAUGUUAAUUCAUAUCAAUUUAAAAAAAAAAUAGAUUUACGUAGUGGACGAGAUUGUCUAGUCUUGUGUGCCAAUUUUGCCAUGAAGCAAUUUAAAAAUAAAUGCAAUAAAAUUGAAUAUUGAGUGA